AUGGCCGAACCUUAUGACCCUCAUUUUGGUUCAGCGGAUGAAAACCCCACACCUAAUUACCCCACUGCUUACGAUGAAUACGAGGAAGCUUUCAGUUCUAGUUCUAUGGGCAAAUCUGUUCCGAAUUGUAAACCUAUUCCGAUUGUAGUGGAAACCCCACACCAGAAAAAGAUUAGGGAGUUAGAGGAGGAGUUAAAGCAAAUGGUAGAGGAGGCUACUGACAGGGUAGAAAGCAUGGUGAAAGCCGAAACAAACAAAGCCACAGAAAUAAUAGAGCAGCUGAGGUCAGAGAAUUAUAACUUAAAAUCCCAAGCCUCCCAAUUGAUUAUUAAGGAUGAGCGAAUAGCAGAGUUAGAGAGACAA